AUGGAUGCACAAAGUAUAGGCUGUUCAACAUGCCCAUUUUGUCCUUUCUUUGAUUUAAACAGUGAUUUUGUUCUCCAGCAUGUCCAAUACUGUCAUCCUGAGAAUGAGUCACAGUUAGAGCCAACCAAAUCAUCACCCCAAGUCUUAUUUAGGACCGAUUUAGAGAGUGAACCAAUGCGGUUUUCAGGGCAUGCGGGCGGAAGUAAUGGCAAGUUGCCAGGUUCUCUAUAUCAUGCUGAUAACAUGCCAAAUUUGGAAGAAUCUACCAUCGCUCAAUAUACACACUCACCACAGCCUCAUGCCAACAGUGAGGAUGUUAAAAGCAAGUCUACAUGUCUCCAUACCUCACAGAACGAUCAGACUGGGCCUUCAUCACGAAUUGACUCAAAAAAAAAGGUAAAUCGAAGUAUCAAAAGACUCGAUCGUUCAGAGCUAGGACCUUAUGCGCAUGAGAAGAGGAUGCCUUCUUGGCUCCUCCGAAUGCUAAACAGAGGCAACACCACAACUCAAGUAAAUAGGAUCUCACCGGACGGCAAGCUUUCGAGACAUUCGAUCAUUGAGAAUGAAACGCCUAACGUUGUACCGGUUCUCGCUCGAUUAUGCAAGCAAGACAAGUCCGUUCAGCGUGCGUUUCUUUGCAGCGCCCAUGUCCACCACAUUUCGAAGAUGCCAAGAGAAGGAAGUUUUUGUGGAUAUAGGAACAUCCAAAUGCUGGUGUCUUAUAUGCAAGAAACCCGCGACCGUGGAAACGACUACUUUCCUGGGGUGUUGCCCACAAUUUUACAACUCCAGGAUAUGAUAGAGCGAGCAUGGGACAUGGGUUAUAACAGUGUAGGAAGGACUGAGACUGGAGGUAUCAAGGGGACCAGGAAAUACAUCGGCACCUCUGAGGCACAGGCUCUUUUUCUUAGCCUUGGAAUCCAAUGCGAAGCAAGCAGCAUUGGAAAGACCGAGGAAAUGCCGGCUCAUACCGCUUUACUUUCGCACAUUGCCGCCUACUUUAAAAGCGCAUGCUCGGAUGAUGACGCAGAAAAUGUCGUUAUGACGGACCUCCCUCCUGUUUAUUUUCAACAUCAUGGACAUUCUAUGACAAUUGUUGGUUUUGAGAUUCGAGAUCAAGGAAACGCGAAUAUUCUGGUAUUCGACCCGACUUUCCAGACACCCUCCAUGAUCAAACAUGCCACCGCUACAAAAAUAAAGAAACCUGAACCGAGUCGUAUCCUGAAAGUGUAUAGAAAAGACAUAUGUUAUUUGAAGAAAUAUCAAGCUUUUGAGCUCCUUAAGCUAUUGCCCCCCGGUAUCCCAUUUGAGAGUUAA